CACCGAUAGAGGCAGCACCAUCCUGAUUUCAUUGAAAGCUCCUGACCAAUGGGUGUAGCCCGCAUCCGUCGGCGGGAUAAGACAACCGUUGCCAUUGGCUAGUCGAAUCUCGAGCUAUCCUCGGUAGGACAACGGAUAAACAGUUUUCAAAGUUUUGAAGUGUCUGCAGCACAGGGGCACGCAGAGGGAGAGUUAGUGCCCGCGUGCGCGUAUUUAUGGUCUUGUAGUUCGUCCCGUGUCAAUAAUUGACGUUAAGUGUUAAUUUCUGUUGGAAAUAAUUAGUGUCGAGUGUCGUGUAGUGUCGUGAAGGGAGUCUGUAAUCCUGCCGCGACGAAAUUAGUGCUAUACUGCGCGUUGUUCGCGUCCUUCGAACGUGAUAGCCGGCUUUUGUUUAUGGACCGCAUUGGAUGCUGGGAGCUAGGGGUGGUUUUUCAUAGGAACAUCUUGAGAGCGCGACGUUGUGUGACGCUCAAACACGGUGAUAUAGAUAUCGAAUGGGAUUUAUAUAUUGAAAAACAAUGAUUUACCAUCGUAUAGAUUGCGGGAAAAUUAUCCUGCGUAGUUAGAUUGAGAUAUUCUACCGUAACCUAGCGGUGGAUCGGAUGCGCACUACCCUAAAGGCUACGAAACGUCAACAAAGCACGGCCGUGAAAUAUAUUGCUCUGAUUUAAUAUCAUAGAGCGUUAUCUCUGAUAACAUGGUGGUUUUAUCGAAAUUGGAGGACGAGCAUCGCGAGAGAUAGUUCCUUUUGGCGCGUUUCGCCAAGUGAUUUAACACUGAGUUACAUCAGCCUAGGCGAAAUGGAAGAGGUGGAGCAGAGCACGAAAAUUAGCGAGACGCCGCACGGUGUGAUAAACUCGAGUAACCGUAGCUCUCGCAGUUCCUAUGAUAGUGCUGAUAGUGGCUAUCUUACUCUAACGCCGCAUUCUGGUGCCUACACUCCGAUAGUAUCAGGAUGUCGAGGGCGCGUGUCGUGUACCUCCAGCAAAAGACAUCAUCGGAUUCGCACAGAUCCAUGGCAAUCAAUUUGCAGUCCACGAUAUCGUUCAAGAUUGUCUCGUUUACUGAAUACAUCAGAGUCUGUGUGUGAUUCUCUUAUCGAUGAAAGUGCUGAGAUACACAGUCCUAUUCUUAAAUCAUCUGUACAGAGCUGUGAACACCAGAGCUCAAGCUUGGACCAGCAUGACCUGGCCUUGGAGAGCCAAAAUCUCAGUUCUGACCUCCGAGACUUUAGGGAACUCAGGAGGGCAAUACGCAGGGAUUCAUGUACAACAGCUCCUAUCACUCCUGCCUCAAGAUUACAACUACUCUCGCCUCCGCCAUCGCCAGCAGUACCGUCCUCAUCGUUUAUCGCAUCCGAACCGAUUGAGGAAGAUGUGGAAAUGAAGCUAGUCAUUGUCCCUCAAAGUACGCCUCAUGUAACCUCCUCACCAAGACGUAGUACUCCUCCGCCAAGGAUAACUUUCUCUCCAACCACCAGCAAAGCUAGUCUUGGUGUAACAUCAGCGGACAAUAAAAAACUUAGCAAGCUUAUGAUCACUGACUUAGCUACAACAGACAUCAAACCUAAGAGACUGGACUUUAGCCAACGUGCCCUCUCCGUAGCUUUACACAGGACUAGAGCAACCCCUGAUUAUACUGGCAAGGAUACUGUGGAUGUUUUAUUAUUAUUAGGGGAGAAAAGUGAUCACUGGAGGAUAGUAUCUAAAAUUCUAGCUCUGCUCAGCCCGCAGGAUCUUUGCUCUAUCAGUAUGGUGUCAAAAGCGUGGAGGCGAAUUUGUGCAAAUGACUCAAGAGCCAACACCAGAAGACUGAGCCACAUAAUACUCAGGCAAAGUGCUAAGGAAAAUUUAAAGCUGUUCAGAAAAGCGAAGAUGGAAAGUGAUAUCCAAACAAGUCCCAAGAGUAGAUAUGCAAGGAAAGGCUAUCUCCUUGAGGUUCAAAAUUUGCUCCAAGUACCACCAACACGAAGACCACCCAACAGUCCUCCAGUAUCACCCAGCAAGGUCAAAUUCCAUUCGUUCGUUAAGGCUAGUCGCACACUUGCACCCUGGGAGCACCUGCUGCCCUGCCCAAGGUGCUCCUUCCCCUGCCACGUAGAUGGGGAGAAGAACGUAGGAACCUGUUCCAGGCAGGGAUGCUCCAUGGAGUUCUGUACCUCUUGCUCCUCGAGACCUCAUACCGGUCCCUGCAAAACGCCUCUUCUCGCUACGCCAACGAAACGCAACAAGAGGCUGAUCGUCGGCUCCAGGCAAAGCAAACGUAACCUGAGACGGCUUUAACGUCGACCUCACGGAUCCAUCUGAACGUCGUGGGACCUAGUCUCUUCGAGAAGAAAAUUAUCAUCCAACUACUCCCAUCAGCGUGCAUUCUACUUUGUCCGUCCAUUCCAAGAGGAGGUGCUCUCUCGUCAGCUGAUCGGUCACGUGCGACGAAGGAUAUAGGAAAAAUAAUUUUAAGAUCCGUAUACGUAUCCUCGUUGAAUUUCACUGUACCAAUUUGCAAGCUCAACGAAACGUCAUCGGUAUUAUUAUUGGAGCUUGAUUAAUCCGUGAGUCUUGGGAAAUGUUUCAUUUUAAAAAACUGAACUUUUACCAAUUAAUCGGAUCGAUCGCUGUGUCUUGGACGAAUCGUUCUUUCUUAUCAAAUAAGUAAUCCGAUUGUUGGAACUUUUAGUAUUUUUUUUUUAUAAUACUUCUAGUAACGUUCAGUCGUUCUAACUGUCCCGACUAUCAUUGAGAAUUUUCAAGGAAUUAUGCACGCUUCGUGACUCGCAGAAUGGUAGAGUGGAGGUGGCGAAGUAGGAGGAACUCUUGGUAGGAGGAGUGUAAACUGACUCCACGGCCUCGAGAGACGAAAACGAGUGCCUAAGUCUGGUCUGGACGGCUUUUUGCGUCAUUUUGGAUCCGUUGGCUUGCAAGCCUCUCGCAGUACUUCAAUCUCCUUAUGGCGAUAUUCCCAUUCGCGCGUAAAAGAAGAAGAAGAAGCAGGAAUAGGUUUUGCGUCAUUCUCUGAUACCCGGUCUCGUUGUGCAUCGUGCACGAAUCUCAGCAGCCAGAAGAUCAUUCUCGUAGCGUGCUUUCGUUGCCUUGCGAGACAAUCGUUUGAUUCGGAAACAAAAAGAUAUUCUUUUCGCACUCCUAGUCGUUUAAGGAGAAUGUCCUUUGUUUUACUUUGCGUCGACUUUUUAAGUAUUAUUAUCGAGGCGGAGGACGGGGAAAUGUUAUCGAACGAAAAUAAUUAAAGAGCUCCGGCGAAGACACUGAAAUUUUGUAACGCUCGAGCAAUGCCAAAAUUAAUACGGACGACAAGUUAUUACGAGCUUGUCGCGCGAUUACGCUCCUUUUCUUUUAAGUUUUAAAUAAGUUUGGUUUCCCCGAGGGAUUACGUCGGAUACAAGGAGGAAAUUUCGUGCCAUUUUUUAGUCUCCGCCAUAAUGUUUGCCAUAUUUUUUUUGUUUGUGUGUGUUUUCUCGUUUACACUUACGUAAUUCCUGUGUUAUGGACGCGACUGGAAAAAUUCUCAAUGUUUUCUUUUUUUUUUUUAAGCGCUUUUUAUAACCUUCGUGUUUCCGGGCUCUUCUCUUUCUGAUUCCUAGCCCAAUUUCUGUCGUACCUUUUUUUUUUUUUUCAAUAAAUCCCUAUUUCGUAACUUUUUUGUCCUCGUAUCUUCCUUUGUUUCUUUUAUAUUUUACGUAGCAAUUUUUAACUGUCGGACGCUAAAAAUUUCCACAACUUGUUUAUCUGUCCACCUGUAACUCUGCUAGUAGAAUUAAAAAUCUAUGUAAACUUUAUGUGUGUUUCAAUAAAGACUGCAUGUAAAUAUCUCGAGCGCAUAGUAAUAUAUAUACAUAUAUAUUCGUUGCCACUUUCGAGAUUCCUUAUCGAAGUCCAUACUCUUAUCGAAUGUAUUCGCUGAUAGUAAAUUGGUACUUUUCACUAUGGGUAUCGAGGAUUAAUAAUUCGUAUUAUUGUGUAUAUUAUGAGUAGCGUAGGGAGAAGUUAUCGAGUUGGCUGGACGUCGAUUAGGAAUUUUGAGUUUGGAAUUGUAAAAAGGAAAAAAAAAUGAAAUUAAAAAAAUUAUACGUUUAUACACAAAGGCUCUCUAAGCAUAGAUCCCAAAUAUUUCCUCGAAAUGCCGUGGCGCGAAAGUUCAAACCGGUGCUCCGUAGUUUCACUGUUUCACAGGCAAAUCCUAAAGUAUUUCCGAAGCUGUUUGAAAUUCGAUCUAGUUUAGAGGAAGGAAAAAAAAGACUUAUCUGAUCUCCUCCAAUGUGCCAUUGCUUUUUUUCUUUUUCAUUUUUAUAAAACGUACCGGACGGACGGCUCGUAGCUACGGCAUUUCUGUGAUACGAAUUUCUAUCAUUCCAGUGUACGUAAAUUUUUUAAAAAGUUUACACAGCGCUUUUCGAUCAAAGACUACUUAAUCAAAAAGAAAGGAAUUACUUUGUACAUAUAAUUAACGUGUAAGCCCGGAACUUUUUGGAUUUUAUAUUAUAUAUACAGAGAGAUACCCGUUCUUUGGAAAGGAAGGUUCUCCAAAAUUUGUGUAAAAAAAGUGAAAGCAGACACUCUCCCAAGGCUAUCCCCUCCAUGUACUUCCCUCGUUUUUCCACAAUCAUCCAAAAAAAAAUCGUUCACCCGAGCAUCGUCAAAAUUGUUCAAUCGUAUGUUAAGCGUGCUAAGCCAUAUUUUUUUUUUUUACUUAAUUCUCAAAAUUAGAACGUAAGCAAAGUCUUAUACAUAUCUAAGCAAUUAGCUUUUAAUCUAGAGUUUCUAAUGCGAGCCCGAGGUUUGUAUGAUAAGAGAGUAGAUUAACGAAAGCAAGUUUGAAAGCUACAACGAACCGAGUGCCUUAUAAGAUUUAAUUUUAUAUAUUUAAGGCCAGCAAUUAGGAAUAAACGUACAUAUACGCACGUACACAUAUAUAUACAUAUAUAUUAAUAAAAUGAAACCAGUUUCCGAUUGAAAAAAUCCCAGGCUUAUAUUAAUUAUCUAUCGUCAAUAAACCUGUUUCUAUCACAGAAAUGGGAUAUUGUACGGUGCAGGCCGUCACUCAGUUUGUGAAAACCAUUCGCGGAACCUGCUGGCUACGGUUCUUUAUAAUGUAUUCGAUUAUUCGACCGACUUGUUGCUCAAACCGAUUAUAAUCUAUGGCGACCUUCGUAUUAGUGCGACAUUGCCAAACACAAAAAUGGGUCAUUCGUUCGGUCCAGGAUCACUAUUUUAUUAUUAUACUCGUAUCUGUCAUCAAAAAUAGACGAUGUAUGGCGAGAGCAAAUCCAAUGAGAAUCAGCUAGUUAUUUUUAUUCUUAAAAUUUCAGAAAAUAAAAAUCUCAUAAUUUCUUAUUGCUCGUUUCUUCGACGUUAGAUGCCUGUAUCAAGCAAAAUAAGAAAUGUUAUCAGUUGAAAUCCUCGUGGGAUUAACAUGGAAAUUAAUCCCAAAUGCGCUAUAAGAGAAGGAACUUUUGUAAAAAUUUGUCGUAAUUAGAGUGACAAAUUUGUCGAUAUUUUUCAUUCCUGUGGAAUUUCGUUUAAUAUGCACCGAUCCAGUAGUUACUAUAUGAGAUGAACAUGACAAAUACGAGUAAGCUAAAAAUUCUUUUAAUGUAUUAAUUAGUAGUCUGAAAAUAAUGGCUUUCACAUCUUCUCACUAAUAUUCCGUUUUGCGUGUAUCCGUACCCCCAUGUCCACGUGUCCCACGUGGUCCUCUUAAAAUCUCACGAUUCUUCCCUGUCUCCAUGUUAAAGUAAAUAAACCUUAUACAGACCUUAAUACUCAGGACACUUUGGCAGGAACUCGAUGCGUUUCUAGGCUAAGCUAUUCUUAAAUUUCUUUUAGUAUUGAUGAAAAAAAAAGGUGAUACCAAAUAAAAAUGCAUCGUUAAUGCAAUAAGUGAAUGAAGAAAAAACAAUGAUAAUAUUCUUGUGUGUGUUUGACUGCCUGUUCUUUCUCCUUCCUCUUCUUCGUCAUCGUUCUAUUUUUUUUUCUUCUCGCUCUUACAUUCUGUCAGACCUUCAUUCACACGUAACGCGUACAGUUUUGCUCUAAGAAUACUAAGAGAUCGUGUUUCUCGCUCCUUGCGAGAGACAAUUAAAAUGCUCAAUGCUCUGCGUACUAUUUAAGAGAUGAAUCUUCAUUUUUGUUUUGCGUACGCGCGUCCCGAGGGUAUUAAUGGCAGAUCCCUCUUUCAUUCGGACGGGACCGAAUUACUUUUGUACUUUACUUUAAUGGAGAGAUAUUGUCCCGUGAGAAUGUCAAAUGUGUCUGCAUUCUCCUAAUCAAACACAUUUGUAAGCCCUUUCAGGGUGCGUUCCUGUAUUAUCAUUUUAAAUAUAAAACUUUUAUAGAAACCA